GUAAACCCUCUUUCAGCCACUUUCAGCCAAUUUCAGUACAAAAAUCUGCUCUAAAGCCCCUAUAACUGCUCUAAAAUCCCUCAAAAAUUCAAAAUCUAAAUUAUCGCUGAACCCAAGGGCUUUCAGAAGAAUUUUUUCCUGAAAAUUUUAAGUCAGAGAAUUAAAGCUAACAGAAAUAUAUGCCUGAAGGUAUAAAUAUUAAUGCUUUUAAAAGGGAACAAACUCCUCAGUUGGAAAUGAAAGAAGUAUUUGAGUCGGUACUGCCAGAAGACUUGGUUGUCCCUAAUAAUGAAGAGAGAAAGUCUGAGGUGAAAGAUCAGUUGGUAGAGCCUGAAAUUGUUAGCAGAACUGAUGACGAUGAGAGCAUAAUUCCAAUGGAUCCUUCAAUUGGAAGUAAUAUGUAUUCGAAAAGUCGCACUACUAAAACCUCUGGCAACCAAUACUCCUGCCCAGACAGUCAGGUAAUCAUUAUCAGAAACCAGAGUGGAACAGGACUGAGUUCAGAAGGAGUGGAGCCUGAAGGAAGAAGAGAGGAGGAAACAGAAGGGCAAUUGGAGAAAUUAAAAGAGAGGAUAGAGGCGUUGGAAAAGGAGAAGGAUGAGUUAGUGCAGAUGAAUAAGGCUAAGCAGAAAAUUAUUGAGAAUUCUUUGUGGAAAUGGGAUCAUUUUAAGCAAGAAGUGCAGGGAUUAGAUAAAAAGUACCACACAGAAGAGGAAAUGAAGGAGGAUGGCAUUGAAGAAGAAUUUGAAAUAAUAAACUAUAAUAAUCCAACCGAUGAGGAAGAAAAAUCAUCAACUUCUCAAUCCUUAAUUCUUUCAGAAAACAGCCCUUCCAAUAUUGUUUACCUUAUUGACAAAUACGAUCAUGACUUUGAUGAGCUCAAAUCAGAAGCAGCCAAGCUUAUGUAUUUCAGCCAUAGCAUUCAAAAGACCAGCUCUAUUGGCUCUGAAGAAAUCUCACGUCAAAGUAAAGAAAAAAGAGUCCAGUUUUCGAAUGCCUAAGGCAUACUAGAAAGUAUAAAGAGAAACCAAGAUUUCUAUAUUGAAU